AUUUUCUGCAACAUCAGAAAUUAGGGUUUCACUUGCAAGCUGGAAGAUGCCUCGAUAUGAUGAUCGAUAUGGGGGUGACCGAUAUGGUACAACAACACGGCUGUAUGUUGGCCAUUUGUCCUCACGGACACGAUCACGUGAUCUGGAGCACAUCUUUAGCAGAUAUGGGAGGUUUCUGGGAUUUUUGCCUGUCCUGGAGGUCAAAGGUGGGUGUGUGACCAUGGUGGAGUGUCUUGACGAGUGUUAGGAGACUUUGGCGAUUCUAUCUGUAGUUGUAUUGCGUUUUUAAUCCAAGCAACAAUCUCAUACUGGUGUGUUUAGUUCGAUUUGUGGGACGAUGUAUGAUGCACUCCCAGUACGUAAAGUUAUGAUGGCCUUACUGUUUCUGGAAACCGUUUGCGCAGAGUACGGGAUGUGGAUAUGAAGCACGACUAUGCCUUUGUUGAGUUCAGUGAUCCGAGAGAUGCUGAUGAUGCAAGAUAUAGCCUCAAUGGUCGUGACAUUGAUGGCAGUCGUCUUAUAGUGGAGUUUGCUAAAGGGGUGCCCCGUGGGCCAGGUGGUACCAGAGAAUAUAUGGGCAGAGGUCCUCCUCCUGGAUCUGGACGCUGCUUCAAUUGUGGCCUUGAUGGUCACUGGGCUAGGGAUUGCAAAUCAGGUGACUGGAAGAACAAAUGCUACCGUUGUGGUGAGAGAGGUCAUAUAGAAAGGAACUGUACUAACAGUCCUAAAAAGCUAAGUCGACGUGGUAGAAGUUACUCAAGGUCACCGGUGAGAUCAAGAUCACGUUCACCUCGCCGUGGAAGAAGCCGUAGUAGAAGUUUCAGCCGGAGUCGCAGCUACAGUCGAUCAAGGUCUCCCCAAAAGAGGGAAAGGAAGACAGACCGUGUGAAGGGAUCCAGGAGUCCUCGCUAUAGCAGCAGGAGCCCUGAUAUAAAAAACUCUCCACCCCCCAAGGCCAGGAAGCGGAGCCCAACUCCAGAAGAUGCCAGCCCAUUUGGGAGAGGUAGCCUUUCCCCAGGGAUGGAUAAAAUAGCUACUGAACAAGAUGGGUCUGACUAUGGUGAAAGUCCUAGAGCUAGGACUCCUAGAAGUGCGAGUCCUGUGAGUCCCAUUAGAGGGAGUCCUGUUGCCAACAGGGAUGAGAGUCCGUUGGAAGCUAAUGGAGGAGCCAAUGGGAUGAGUCGCAGUCCUAGUCCUAGAGAGGACAGAAGUCCAAUGGAUGAUGUUGAUGAUGAAAAGCCUCAAUCAUUCAGAGGCGGCAGCGAGUCAUCCUAGAUUUGCUUUGCUUUGUCUUCGCAUGUCUGUUCCGUUGGCAAAUCUUAAACUGUGUACUUUUUUUUCGAGAUUUAAGAACUUUUUCCUGUGAUAUUGUUAGAUGUUCUACCUGUGCCGUGGCAGUUUGGUAAUGCUGAAUAUUUUUACUAUUUAA